GUGUGACAACGUGUUUUGACAGGUUUCGGUCGUGCUUCACUUUCGGUGCUGUUUUGCUGGCACACAACACGUAUUUGCGGUUUUCGCCGUCGACAGGGGCAUUUUUUCACAGACAUGGUGCGUGUACUGUUUGUUCAUCCGGAUCUGGGCAUUGGCGGUGCGGAACGGCUGGUCGUGGAUGCUGCACUGGCUUUGCAGAGCAAGGGCCACACGGUCAGCUUUCUGACGAACCAUCACGAUCCGAACCACUGUUUCGACGAGACGAAGGAUGGUCGUUUGCCGGUGAUGACGGUCGGCGACUGGCUGCCGAGAGACAUCUUUGGCAAGUUUUACGCCGUGUGCGCCUACAUACGCAUGCUGUACGCUGCCUUCUACUACAGUCUGUUCCUGUCCAAGAAGGAACCGGUCGAUGUCGUGUUUUGCGAUUUGAUUUCGCUAGGCAUUCCCAUUUUUCGACUCGCCAGGCCCAACCCAAAGAUCCUGUUCUACUGUCACUACCCCGACCAGCUGCUUUCGAAGCCGGGCAACCUGCUGAAACAGUGCUACCGCAUGCCGCUCAACUACCUCGAGGAAGUGACUACGGCCCAGGCUGAUGGUAUCCUGGUGAACAGCAAGUUCACCAGCCGCGUGUUUAAGGAAACGUUCAAGCGCAUCGCCACCGAUCCGGAUGUGCUGUACCCGUCGCUAAACACCCGGUUCUUUGACGAAACCACCAUCGAAGAGUCCGACCAGGUGGUGAAGCUACCGAACGACGCGUUCGUCUUCCUGUCCAUCAAUCGGUACGAGCGGAAGAAAAACCUUGCGCUCGCUUUGCACGCCUUCAAGGCGUUGCAGGACCUGGUGUCCUCGAGCGAGUGGCACAAGGUGUGUCUCAUUAUGGCCGGCGGGUAUGACGAUCGCGUGAUGGAAAACGUGGAACAUUAUGACGAGCUGGAGGAGCUGGCGGAAGACAUGCAGAUACGGGCCAAAGUGCGCCUGCUACGAUCUCCGACCGAUCGUCAAAAGCUGUUCCUAUUGCAUCGCGCCCAAGCGCUGGUUUACACGCCCGAGUUCGAGCACUUCGGAAUCGUCCCGCUGGAGGGAAUGUACCUUUCGAAGCCCGUCAUUGCCGCCAACAGUGGCGGACCGAUGGAGACCAUCAUUCACGAGCAGACGGGCUUUUUGUGCGAGCCCGUGCCGAAGGAGUUUGCCGCCGCAAUGGCAAAGCUGGUGAGAGACGACAAGCACUGCGAACGCAUGGGCGCCAUGGGGCGGAAGCGCGUUCAGCAGCGCUUUUCCUUCGAAGCGUUCAGCACCAAGCUGGACAACGUUGUGACCGAUCUGAUUCAGCGGGAUGGCGAGAAAAAGUUCAAAUAGCAUAGGUGGUGCCUGUUGCUUUCCACCCUGUUGGCGAUCCAUGGCACGCCCGGAUUCGGCUGUGACUACCCAUGGCAACCGAUGUUUGCAUUUCCAGUGGGGCGAUAAUGAUUUGGCGGCCGCACAAACCCGAUGGCAAAGAAUUUCGAUGUAAAUUGCGUAUCUCUCCGACCGGUCGGUCGAUCGGUCACUUAUUAAUUACACAGUCCAUGAUAUCUUAAUGCACGUAGUAGUCGAUGCUUAACAAUAAUAAUAAUAAUAGUAAGCGCCAUUAGUCCCAGUAGUGUUGUACGAGUUGUAGUUGAUGUUUUAGCACAUUCUCAAAUAAAAUUCCAAAGUAAGGAGCCUCUUUCGACCGCAUCGAUGGGCCAUGUUCGUCCGCGAUGGUAAAGAAUAAGGCAUUUUGAAUUCAUUCAAAUAA